AUGGGCUACACCCAUUACUACAACGUUAACAACUGGGACUCGCCUGAAUGGCGGGCAGCCUGGAGGCAGCUCAUUGAAGACGUCCCCGAAAUCAUCCAGGAAGCAGGUGUUCCCCUCACUGGGAUGUACACCCCGGAGGAUAUCAUCACCCCUGUGCUUGUGGACCUCGAGAGAGGCAUUGGCCUCAACGGUAUCGGCGAUGACGGCCAUGAGACUUUCCGCCUUUGCAAGCCGGGUGAAUGGAGCUUCUGCAAGACUGCGCGAAAGCCAUACGACAUAGUCGUUUCAUGCAUCAUUCUCCGGGCUUGGAAGCUGGCGCCUCUGCACAUAGGUGUUGGAUCUGAUGGUGAUUACGAUGACUGGGAACCUGCACGUGCACUUUACGCAAAACUGUGGCCUGGAGAGGAUGUUGAGGGCUUGUGGCCUAAGCGCGACGAUGGAGAGCGCGCGGAGACUGGAGAGGGCGACGAGGGAGACAAUGAGUGA